AUGAGUAAAAUUCGGGGCCUCCCACCUGAGGUCAGGGAACCAGGCCCUGGAGUGGAACUUGGGGUGGAAGAUGGCCUCCUUUGUCAACUGAUUCAUUCUCCAGAAUUCAACUUGUUCUCUGACUCAGUGGUGUUUGAAAGCAUCUUUAUCCAGGUCACUAAGCCCGGAAACUGGAUAGAUGACUGUGAAGGGCCAACCACUGUGAUCCUUGGGGUGACCUCGUCCGUACCCUCCUUACCACUCCCCAACAUCCUCCUGAUGGCCAACGUCACCUGGCCCCAGGGUCAGUUUUCCACCUGGAGCACGCCGGAGAGUGCCCCAGUCAUCACCCUCAGCAGGAUUCUGCCCCUGAAGUAUGUGGAACUGCAAAUCUAUGACCGGCUCCAACGCAUCCUAAGGGUUAGAACAGUGACUGAAAAGAUCUACUACCUGAGGCUCCACGAAAAACACCCAGAGACCGUGUUUCAGUUCUGGAUCCGUCUGGUGAAAAUUCUGCAGAGAGGUCUGUCUAUCACCACCAAAGAUCCAAGAAUCCGAAUCUCUCACUGCCUGGUGCCCAAGUUGCCAACAGAAACAUCUGAAAACAGCCUGCCAUCAUCCUCUCAGCCCAGUGAAAGCUCCAUGCUGUUGGCCGCCGAGCAGAACAGUGACUGUUUCUUGAAACUCUCAGGAACUUCCCAGAACACAGUACACAGAAACACCAGCAGUGCCACUGAAAUAGACAAUUUCAACUUCAUCAACAACACAUCCUCGCCAGUGUCAUCCCCGGUCAUUUCGAAUAUACCCAUGAGAGCCACCUUGAGCCACAGUUUCUGGGAACAAGAGAAUGCUGAUGAGUACUACAUGCAGGCUCCUGUGGCCAGUUCCCUAGGAGAGAACUUUUGGGGACCCUAA